UCGAUUUUGAGCUCCAACGUCGUUUUAGUUUUUGGUUGCUCCAGCCGCUGUUGUUGUCCGUUGUUGUUCGCCGUCCGCUGUCGUUCGCGUCCGCGCACCGCCCGCCUCUGCCUGCUGCUCGCCGCGGCCGCGGCCCACCCUCCCCGCGCACCGCUUCCUAGCCGCACCCAGGCGCGCGACCGCUGUCUGCCCUGCGCCAACGCCGCUCACGGCCACGCCCAAGCCGGGAGAAUUGAUUUUAACCCCCCCCCCCAGCUCGCGCGCCUUUGAUCUUAAGCCCCCCUGUUCGUUUGCCUUUCUCUCAAGCCCCCGACGCGGCGUAAUUUUGGCUCGCUUGCCCCUCUAGCGCUGUUAUCUCUGGAUUUAGCGCAUAAGGAAAGAAUCUGGACUUAACAAAUUUGGAAUUGCCAAAACUGCCCUCGUGUCCAAUUUUCCCCAAACUCACGAGACCGAGGCCCAAGGCCUGGCCUGUUUUUCAUUCUAUCUCCCCUCCCCUCCCCGACUUGACCUAGCCGCCAGCCGCCCCGCCGCCAGUCGCCAGAGCCGCUGCGCCCGCCGUCCGCUGCCCUGCUCCGCCGCGUUUCCCCCCAUCCGCCGCCUUCCUUCGCUGGCCCAAGGAUCGAUGCAAUGUCUGUGCAUGAUUCUAACCAAUCCAGUGUGAUAAACCUAACCACGGGGGCGAUCUCAUGCAAUGAAGUAGAAAAUGGUAGUGCUAUUAUUGAUUGGUCAAGUCUUGUGAUUGAACCAGAAAAUGAUGGAGAUGAAAAACCGCCGGACGAGAAAGCCAUGUUUGCUCUGUUUGGUUUAAAAACAGAACCGGAUGAGAGAGGAACUGAGCUUCGUUCUAUUGCCGUUCCUACUCCUGAUGUGGAGUCUGACUUACAUGAUAUCAAAGAUGCAGAUAUUGUUGUUGAUGAUAAUGCUCCAGAGGAGCCACUUAUUGCCUGGGAUGAACGAAACCCAGCCAUGGAUAUAGGGACACCUUAUCCUAACAUGGUUGAAUUUAGAAAGGCUUUAAAACAGUGGGCUGUCAAUGGAGAGUUUGAAUAUGGCACAAAGAAAAAUGAGCCAGGGAGGUUUCGUGCUUUUUGCAAAGGUCAAUCCAUAAUAGGUGACCCUUGCAAAUGGGCUUUAACUGCUAGUUGGCGAAGGGAUGAAAAUUGCGUGAUGGUUGUGAGGCACCAAAUGGAGAAAGAAUGAUGCCACUUGUAGCAGUCCUGGAGCUGUCACAAGAAGCCAAGCUGCAGCUCAAGCUAGUCCUGGACCUGUCACAAGGAGCCAAGCUGCUACCCCACCACCAAAACCUCCAGCAAAAGGAAAGAAGAAGAAGAAAAUGACACCUAAGAGGAAGAAAUUAAGCAACCUGUGAGCUUGUUUGUGGUUGUGAUGAACUCGGCUGUGGGUGGAGACUCACUUUUAUUGUUGUGUAUGUGAGGUGCAAACUCACUUUUAUUUGCUUUGUAUGUGAGGUAGAGACUCACAUUUAUUUUGCUGUGAGGUAAAGACUCACUUAUUUUGCUAUCAUGAAGUCCUAUAUGUGAGGUAAAGACUCACUUAUUUUGCUGUCAUGAAGUCAUGUAGAACAUGGCUGAAUUAUUCUCUA